ACCUAAUCCAACGUUAUCAAGGCGAAAUGGAAAUGAGCCUUUUUUUGAUUCCUUUUUACCUCUUUUGAUUAAUUGGGAAUAGUAGAGUUAUCUGUUACCCCAUUGUUUUUUUUUUUCUUGUGGGAUAUGUUUAAUGGUAUAUUACCUCCAUGCAGUUGGAAUUAUUACGUUUAGGAAGUCCGGCACUUCUCCAGCACUUAAUCCCCUAUGAUUCUGUGGAGUGAUUUUCAUACUGCACCUAUUAAAGAAAUAAUGUACCUAAAUGCACUCCCCUACUCACCUAGAUCUCCAGGUGCCUAAGCGUUAAAACUUCCGUUAUCACCGUGGGGCAUCCAAAACAGCCCCACCUCGAAAUCUCCAACAACCGUUUUUAAUAAAUUAUCUCCGAAACGAAUCCUAAAUAUCGUUAUUGGGAGAAUAUAUACAUACUUCGAGGCGAGAAAAGAAAAAGGUUGUGCUAGGGAAGAUAAGGACUUGUUUCCUUUUUGUACGAAUCGGAAUACACCGCUCUUAAUAAGCACUUUUUUUUUCUUGUGCCAAAGAUCAGGACAGGAAUAGGAACCUUCCAACCCAGAUCGUCAAGUCUAUACACAGCAUCGUCCGGAUAUGGCGCAGACGAUCAAGAGCUCUCCACACGUCGGUCCGUCGGCUCUGGGAGGCACGCCGUUCGUCUCGAAAUGGUCUUCACGGUAUAGAGGAGCAACGGUCCAAGACCUCGAGCCGCCCGCGGCCCUCUCACUCAACCCUUCGGACCCGAUCUCGCUGGCGCUCAUGUCCGCGUUCGAGCGGGACUACACGCACCUGACGGUCGUGGACUCGGACACGCGCGCGCUCCUGGGGUACGUCGCGAUACCGGCGCUGCAGGCGCAGCUCGAGUCCGGCAAGGUGCGGCCCGAGGACCCCGUGUCCAAGGCCAUGGCCCACUUCGAGCGCAAGGGCAGGAAGUACAAGGUCAUCACCAUGGCCACGCCGCUCGAGGAGCUCGAGCAGUUCUUCGAGGGCGCCGGCGCCGGCACCGGUACCGGCCAGAAGCAGGAGUUCGCCGUGGUGACGGACGAGGACAGGAGGUUCGUGCUGGGCGUCGCGACGCGUAGCGAUUUGGAGGAGUUUGUGAAGAGGAGGCCGGCGUGAGGAGGUUUAAUCGAUUGCAUUAGGGCCUGGAUGAUCGGGAUUCGGUAUCGCAAAGAAGUAUGGUAAAUUACGUUUGAGAUCGGGCUAAUGAGGAUGAAGGCACCAUAGGAAGAAGAAGAAGAAGAAGAAGAAGCUAUUUUGUCGCGCCCGAGCUCGAGAUUGUUACAGAGCCAUGUCACGGUUGAGGCUGAAGGGGGGUGGGGUGCUGGAUUUUGCUAUACGGCUUUCGUUCGGAGAGGAAUAGAGGACGAAGUCGAGCAUGACCAAAUUGCAAAAGAUUGUACUCAACGUAACAUA